AUGCCGGUGAAAACGACAACCCUUGGCGGCACUGCCUCAGACAUUGUCGUCGCAAACGUUGCUCAUGGUCUGAUGCUUAUGACAUGGAAACCGACCCAUGUCCCGGAUGAGGAAUGUUUCGAGGCGAUCAUCGCUGGCAUCGACCAGUUGCCUGCUGGUGCAAAACUGUUCAUCAACAGCGGCGAAUUCUAUGGCACUGGUUCACCCACAGCAAACCUCGAGCUCCUUGCGCGCUUCUUCAAGAAGUACCCCGAGUACGCCGAUAAGACGUUCCUUUCAGUGAAGGGAGGAAUCAACCUCGAGAAGUUCCAGCCAGACUCUUCCCCGGAAGGCCUGAGGCGCAGCGUCGACAACAUCAACGCGAAGCUCGGCGGCUACAAGAAGCUGGACCUCUUCGAGUCCGCGCGCGUGGACCCGAACGUCCCGAUCGAGGAGGCCGUUAAGAACAUGGCGGCGCUUGUCAAGGAAGGCAAGUUCGACCAUAUCGGACUAUCCGAAUGCAGCGCGGCCACAGUGAAACGCGCGAACGCCGUGCACCCUAUCGCUGCGGUGGAAAUCGAAGUUAGCCCGUGGUCAUACGAAGAGGAGACGAAGAAAGUGCUGGCGACAUGCCGAGAGCUGGAGAUACCUGUCCUGGCGUACUCCCCUCUCGGACGCGGGUUCCUGACCGGGCAAAUUAAGAAGCCUGAGGAUUUGGAAGAGGGCGACAUGCGACGCAGGCUUGACCGAUUCCAGGCCGACGCGAUGCAAAAGAACUUCAAGAUCGUCGAGGCUUUCCAAUCCAUUGCUGCAAAGAAAGGUAUCACUGCCGCGCAGCUUUGCAUCGCAUGGGUCGCUUCUUUGGGCCCGAAAGUGAUUCCAUUGCCCGGUUCUUCGAACAAGAAGAGAAAGCUGGAGAACCUCGAGGGAGGCUCCGUGGAGUUGUCGCAAGGCGAUCUCGACGAGAUCGCGCAGGUCCUGGCGUCCACUGAGAUUGAGGGUGGACGCUACGUCAACGCAGCUGCACCCCAUCUCCACCUCUGGGGCUGA